AUGACGGCCAAAUGUUUUUUUCAAAGCCCGAGUUUUGUUGUCGGACCGUCCUUAUCCAGUUUGUUGGAUGGAGUACCAGCAGUCUUGAACAGGCAAAAAAUGGCUUAUUCCGUGUUGAGCACUUAUAAAAAAGCACACGAUGAUGAAAUUUGGGCAUGUAAAUGGGCUUCUACUGGAGCGAGUUCGGACCUUAUAAUCACAGGUUCGCUGGAUACCUCAAUUCGGUUGUGGCGCUGCACGGAGAAUCAGCUGGAAGAAGCCAAGAAAUUAACAGGACAUCGGAUGGGUAUUCUGCGUUUGGAUGUUAAUUCCGAUAAUCAGAUGUUAGCCAGCUCCGCGCUGGACACUUCGAUUAGAUUGUGGGAUUUGCACACUGGAGAGUUUUUGCGCACGAUCGAAUGUGGCAAAAUGGAAUGCUGGGGAUUGGCGUUUCGGCCACAGUCGUCACUCAUUGGUACAGCCGCUCAUCAAGGAAAAAUUCGGCUGUUCGACGUUAAUUCGGGCAAGGAAACGGACGUGUUGCAGACCAAAGAGAAGUUUAUAUUCAGCAUCCACUUCAGUCCUAAUGGGAAAUACGCUGCGGCUGGCAGCAGUGAAGGGAUGUUAUACAUCUUUGAUCUCCAGGCUAAUCGGCUGCUCCACGCUGUCGAAGCGCACGGCAGGCCAAUUCGUGCAGUUAUGUUCAGUCCCGACUCCAAAUUGCUGAUUACCGCCAGCGAAGAUGGGUCUAUCAGAACUUUCAAUCCAAGCGAAGGGCCCGUUAUUGCAACAAUAACUGGUCACAGUUCCUGGGUGACUUCAGUCGAUUUUGCCGCCGACAAUAUGCGAAUCGCAUCCUCCUCGAUAGACUGUACCGUUCGCGUGUGGCGGCCAAAUCGCGAGAAUAUCCAAGUAUUCGAUAAAGUGCACGAGAAAAUGGUGUGGGACGUUGGUUUUGACCCAUCGGCGAGUCGGCUCGUUUCCGUUUCUGCUGAUUCAAAUAUUGUACUGUACAAAGCCCCGAAAGAUAUGGUAAAAUGAACAUGUUUGUUUCUAUACGGUUUGUCUCAAUUUUGUUCUUGUUUGAUCACUGAUAGAUUAAAUCAUUCAAGAAAUGCAAGUGGCGAGGCCCUUUAUUUGUAUAUUUCAACUUUUGAUAACCGCGAAACCAGCCAAAUGCCCAUCAGGCAUUUUGAUGUUCCAAACAUACAACAAGGCUACGAAAGAUAAUU